AUGAUCUUAAUCGGGAAGCUCGAUGAGCUGAACGCACACUCCCGAUUCAUCGUGUCCUUGCGCUCCAUCUCCUUGGAAUCGAAAUACCAUUCGAUCGUAAUUUACGGGGUCGAUAAAGAGCACCCUACGCCGAUCGGAUCCGACGUGGAUGCCGACACGGCGCUGGCGACAAGAUCACCAGACUCAGUCGCCCUGGCCUCUCACACUCGCGAAUGGCAUGCCAUGGAAGAAGAAUGCCCUCAUCUGGGUGCCUCGAUGGCUGAAGCUGAAAUCGAAAUCGAAGAUGACGGUGUGAUUGCGAUCUGUCCUUGGCACAAUUAUGAUUUCAACUUGCGAACAGGAGAAUCUUCUUCGGGCUUGACGGCAUGUGUCCUACCAACAGCGGUGAAAGAGGGCAACCUUUAUAUCGAACAUCCAACCGGAGCCACCGAUUGGACGCUCAUUUCAGUACGACCCGUCUCCCAACGAUUCGCGAUACCUAGUCUCGAUGCUGAAAAGCUAGAGAGCUCCAUCCAGUCACUCGAGCGACCUCGGCCGGAAUCGUUAGUAGAAUGGGGCGCUCUGAUCCUACGAACUGCGAAUCCGGAUUUGAAAGUCAACCUCACGCGGCAUGCCGUUGGAUUAUUCCGCAAGGGAGACAUCCCAAUCUUGCCUCUCUCAGCCACCCCCGAGCAAUUCGCACUCCCUCCUGAAACACCUUGUCGUGAAGCGGUCCAAAUGGUCCGGCCUGGCGAUGUCUUGAAAAGGGGCAAGGGAGGCAGCCUGGCUAAUCGAAUCAAACUCCUCCACGCUUUGGCAAAUAUCGAGUUGUGGGCCAUCGACCUGGCUUGGGAUAUCAUUACCCGGUUUGCUCAGGAAAAAACAAACGGAAAGGCAUUGCCGAGGGCAUUUUUCACUGACUUUGGCAAAGUCGCAGAAGAUGAAGCAAAACAUUUUACCUUGCUGAGGGAAGCCCUAAGGAGGUUAGGUAGCGAUUGGGGAGAACUGCCGAUUCACGAUGGUCUGUGGCAAUCCGCACGCGACACGUCACACUCUCUGAUAUCGAGAAUCUGCAUCAUUCACCUUGUACAUGAAGCGCGUGGUUUGGAUGUCAACCCCACACAAAUCAAGAGGGUUCGGGACGCAGGAGAUUUGGAGACCGCUCGAUCGUUGGAAAUCAUACACGCUGAUGAAGUGACCCACGUGGCAGCUGGUCAUCGCUGGCUCUGUUACAUCUGUAACAAUUCUGUACCCAAGACUGCACCGGUUACAGUCUUCCGGAACGAAGUGAAAACACAUUUUUUUGGGAAAUUGAAACCCCCGUUUAAUGUCGAAGAUCGGGCUAAGGCCGGUUUGGACCCAAGUUUCUAUGAAGACGUUUAG